CCAGAUCACCCACCCGCUCGGAUCCGACGUCCAUCUCCCCUCCCGGCCUCUCCCCUGCACCCACCCGGUCGUCGUCCGGCGCGAGCGAGCGAGCGAGAGGGGAAAACCCAAAACCCUAGCCGCCCUAGGCGUCGUUGCCGGCGACUGCGAGGAGAUGGCGGUGGACGAGGUGACCUCGGUCUACGUCGGCGGACUGCCCUACGAGGCCGACGAAAACAUGCUCCGCGACGCCUUCGAGUACUACGGCACCAUCGUCGCCAUCAAGGUGAUAAAUGAUCAUAAUAUCAAAGGCAAGUGUUAUGGUUUUGUUACUUUCACUCACCCCAAAGCUGCUGAGCAUGCGAUUGCGGGCAUGGAUGGCAAGAAAAUAGGCAAUCGUGUUGUUAGAGUAAAUGAAGUGCGUACAAGAGGUCCCCGAGAUUUUGGUCGUGAUGGUUUUAGACGAGAUCCUAGAAGGUAUGGUAGAGAUCCAUACUGGGACAGAAGGGAUAGGGAACGGAGCUAUGAUCGAGACAGAGAUCCGUAUCAUGACAGGGACAGUGAUAGAUCUCGUGAACAUGAUAGAGACAGAGACAGAGACUAUGAGCAUGGUGGCUUUAAUCGAGAAAUUGACUAUCCCAUGGAUCGAAAUCAUGAAGGAGAUGAGAGGCGUCCUAGCGACCAUGAUCGUGCAGUGGAAAUGCAUAAUAUGGAUUCAGAUAACGAAAGAGACAAGGAACAUGGAUCAAGAAAAAGGUUCAGCCGUCCAAAAGGUCGUGAUAGCAGAGAUUUAUCGAGUUCCAGUGAUGAUCUUCAAAAUGACGAAAAAAACCAGUUGGAGAAAGUCAUUCAGAUGCGUGAGGACCUUGAAAACGAGGUUAAUCAGGUUAAAGAUAAAGUUGCAGUGAAAGAACAGCAAGUUGUAGAUUUGCAGAAGAGAGCUCAGAAAUUAGAGGAUGAAUUGGCUUCCGCACGGAAAGUUUCUUCAGCACGACAAUUAGUUGUUACGGAUUUGUACAAGCAUUUUCUACAACUCCAAGACUACAAUGACAGGGUCAAGACGACUGAAAAGGAGCUCCAGUCUCUUGUUGAUACUGCGAUGAUCGAGCUUGAUAUGGCUGAUGAUGCUACAACCAAAGAUGGUUCAAUGUAUGAGAAUGGUGUGGCGUGAACAGCUGGGUGCUGCCGACUGUUAUGGUUCCUCAGGUUACUAUUUUUUUAAGAAUUUAGUUUGCCUUUGCCAUGUACUAUAACUGUAUCUAGCGACAAAUCGUAUGCAAGGAUCCGGAAAUGAGUGGCAGCACAUUUGCAAUUGUGGUCGAGACUUUUGUCUUGUUGAAUUUAUUAGCCGGCCGGACUUCAUAGGUGAUAAUGUACGCUGCCCGUGAUGUGUCAACGAGUUUAGUUAAGCUUGACUUUUGAAAUACUCCAAAUUUGUGUGCCCACUAAAUCUUUGGCGAUGAACUGCUGAUGAUGCUUGUGGGUAUUGUUUGAAAGCUUGUGGUGUCAAGUGUUAACUAUUGUUCACCGUU